AUGGCAGCAAAACCGGCUGAUGAACCAAAAGUGAUGCAUCGAGUGUAUGAUUUAACUUCAGAACCUAAACGAAUGCUUCCACCUAUCAAGAAUUAUGAAAAACAACCAGUUGUCUCUCUUGAAAAAGCUAUUCAACCUCUUCUUUCAUUUGUGCCUGAUGUUGAACAAAUGAUUUGGACAGUCAAACAAAAUUGUCAACAUCCACAUGAUCAUCUUUUACCUGAUGAAUCAGCAUCUAUCAUGUUAUAUACACUAGAAUGGACGCCACGAGAAUCUUCUUUUUAUUUUAUUUUGAAUGAAACUCUUCGAUCACAAAAUCGACAAGAACUAUUACCUUGGUUUUUAUAUCUUCGUCUUUUUAUCUAUGCUCUUUCCAAACUUCCAUCAAUAAUACAUCGAAUUCUCUACCGUGGAAUUAAGAUGGAUCUUAGCGAAGAUUUUCCAGAAGGGAAAACAUUUAUUUGGUGGGCAUUCUCAUCUUGUUCAUCAUCAAUCAAAGUUUUAGAACAAUUUCUUGGUCAAACGGGACCUCGAACUAUAUUUAAUAUAGAAUGUGAUUCAGCUAAAGAUAUAUCUAAAUAUUCAUUUUAUCCAAGUGAAAAUGAAGUCCUAAUGUAUCCAGCGCGACAAUUUCAGGUUAUUUCUUCAUUUAAUUCAGGAAAUCAACUGAAAAUUAUUCAUGUGAAAGAAAUUCAACCACCUUUUUCUCUUAUUCAUAUUCCGCAAACAUCUUCAUCUAUUACCAAUCAAAUCAAAGAAAUUCAAUCAUCUUCUACAAAUAAUUAUCAGGAUGAAAAACUUCAACAUCUUAUUAAACAAUGCCAAUCACAAUCAGAACUGAAUUUAGUGAAACAGAAUUUGAAUGAUGAAGAUAUGAAGACUGUUGGAUGUUUAAAACCGGAUCUCAAACUACCGAAUCAGGAUCUUUUUUGA